CAUACAUGUAAUAAGAUCUGGCGAACUGCAGCCGAAACAGUUUCAUUGUCUCUCCACCAUUUCCCUCUGUUUUCAUUCUAGUAUAAGCGUGCUUGUGAUCUGCAGAGCUCCAUAAGCGACAUCUGUUUUCAACUCGAUACAAGCUCUUGUUACCUCGGGUUUAGAUUUUUGCGUGAGAAUGUCAGAUAAUUUUUCACUUUAUUUCGGAAUCGGUACUGCACUAUUCUGUCUAUAGGCACCGUCUUUUCCUGAUCGAAUUCGUGUUUUAUCAAUGGCGUCGUGGCUGAAAGUUGCAGAAGAUUUGUUGGAAGUUGUAGAUCGAAGAGCAAAGUUGGUUGUUGGUGAGUUGUCGGAUGAGCAGUCUGACUCGCUGCCACCAGUAUCCAAUGGACAAGAAUCUCAACCCAGGAGGACCAAAUCAAAGGAGAAGGCUCAGAAAAGACUCUCAACUAAUGAACUUCCUAAAACAACUGAUACUGGAUGGUUCCAAACCAGCAUGCAUGAAUCAGCAAAUGAUGUCAUACCUAAUAAAGAUAAACUGGAUCUGGCAUCAUGUAACAUUGGUACCCUGUCCAGUGGCUCUACAGCUCAGACAAGCAAAGACCUGCAACUAGAUAUUAAUAGAGAUGCCCCUGUAUCAGACAUUUCUUUAUCUGAAGUCCUUCCAAAAGAUUUGAGCAAACAUGAGGAUGAUCAUAUAAAAGAGGUUCCAGAUACAGUUACUGAUGGUGGAAUUGUCACUUCAUCUGUAAAUGGUGAUCUUGCUACUGUGGGAACUUCAGAUGGGCAUGAAAGCUCCUCUUCUGCACUGUUAACAGCCACAGAAGUUGAGGCUGUUCAUUCAGAUCAUCCAGUGGAUGCUGCCCAAAAUGUUAAGUUGGCAGAUGAGGAUGUUUCUUUAAAGAAUGACCAAGAGAAAUCUGAGUCUGAAGGUCUGGGAACACAAAAUAACAGUGGUACACAAGUUAAAGACACAGAUGUCAAGGAAGAACCUCUUUCUCAUUCUAAAAUGCAGCAGGAGAAUAAAACUGAUACUUCUCCAAUGAGAGUCCAAGACCAACUUGAUGAGGCUCAAGGACUGCUUAAGAGUGCAAUUCCUACUGGACAAUCAAAAGAAGCCAGGUUAGCCAGGGUUGUUGCUGGACUUUCAUCCCGUCUUAAAGAAUUCAAAUCCGAAAAUGCACAGCUGGAGGAACUUCUUGUUGCUGAGAGAGAACGAAGUAACUCAUACGAGGCUCAAAUGAGGCAGCUACAGCAAGAAUUAUCUGUAUCCAAAAUUGAAGUGACAAGGGUUGAAUCAAAUAUCGCUGAAGCUUUGGCUGCAAAGAACUCAGAAAUUGAAGCCCUUAUGGGUUCAAUGGAUGUAUUGAAGAAGCAGGCUGCUGUUUCUGAAGGAAAUCUGGCUUCUCUGCAGGUAAACAUGGAGUCCAUCAUGAGAAACCGGGAACUAACUGAGACACGGAUGAUGCAAGCUUUGCGAGAAGAGCUGGCUUCUGCUGAACGGAGGGCAGAAGAAGAACGUGCAGCACAUAAUGCCACCAAAAUGGCUGCUAUGGAAAGGGAAGUAGAAUUAGAACAUAGAGCUGUUGAGGCAUCCACGGCCCUUGCUAGGAUCCAGAGAACGGUGGAUGAGAGGACCUCAAGGGCAGCAGAGUUAGAACAGAAGGUGGCAUUGCUUGAGGUCGAAUGUGCAUCUUUAAACCAAGAACUACAAGACAUGGAAGCGCGUGCUCGUCGUGGCCAAAAGAAAUCUCCAGAUGAAGCAAAUCAAGCACUUCAGAUGCAGGCAUGGCAAGAGGAAAUGGAGCGGGCACGCCAAGGUCAAAGAGAUGCAGAGUCCAAGCUUUAUUCUUUAGAGGCUGAAGUGCAAAAAAUGAGGGUGGAAAUGGCAGGAAUGAAAAGAGAUGCUGAGCAUUACUCACGACAAGAACAUAUGGAACUAGAGAAACGAUAUCGAGAACUAACAGAUCUACUGUAUUACAAGCAAACACAACUAGAAGCCAUGGCUAGCGAAAAGGCUGCAGCAGAAUUCCAGUUGGAGAAAGAGGUCAAGCGUCUUCAAGAAGCACAGAUGGAAGCAGAAAAGAGCAGGGUUUCACGUCGAGCUUCAUCGUCUUGGGAGGAAGACAGUGACUUGAAAGCACUUGAGCCUCUCCCUUUGCAUCACCGCCAUAUGGUUGGGGCAAGCAUUCAGUUGCAAAAAGCAGCAAAACUAUUAGAUUCAGGAGCUGUUAGCGCUACUAGAUUUCUCUGGCGGUAUCCAAAAGCUCGAGUUAUCCUACUCUUCUACCUGGUUUUUGUUCACUUGUUUUUGAUGUAUCUAUUGCAUCGCCUUCAGGAACAAGCCGACAAUUUUGCCUCUAGAGAGGUUGCAGCAUCAAUGGGACUCGCUAACCCUAUCUUACCGUGAAACUAUGGCUACUCCGGGAUCAAAAACAAGUAGUUUGGAGUUCCGUAGCUUGCAAAUAGCAUGCAGCAACUAUAACAAUGUUCUAUUUCUUCAGUGGAAGCUUUUUUUAAAAUUCUUUGCUGUUCAUUGUAAAAUUCCCUCUGGUGAUAAUCUUGUGGUAGUUUCGCCUUUAAAUUGGUGUAUUAUAGCCAAGAUUGAUAUGCAUAUGAUUUGAAGAAAAGUGGGGUGGGGGGGAAGUAGCCAGAUUAUCUGUGUAAAUACCGAAGUACAUGCAAUUAUAUUUCUGUAUUUUUUUUUUAAUUUUUGGCUCAUGGAAGCUCCCAACCGAGAAUCACUACAUUGUGGAGUCCAUAUCAUUGAUAUGAUGAUCCCUUUUCCA